UCCUGCCCUCAAGGGCGUGGGACCCCUCUCUCAGCUCUGUCCCGGAGGGGCCCUGAGCUCCCGGGAGACACCCACCCGGCGGCUAGGGAGCACUGGGCGGUGGCCAAACCACCUCCAAAAUUUUGGGCCACGCCUGGGAUGGUAUCCAGGGGAGUGAAGCUUCUGCUUGAUAGGUGGGUGACGGGACCCAGGCCCUGGGCAGUCUCCACGGCUGGCCUCAUUCCCAUGCUGGACCAGGAGCUUACCAAGGUCCAGGGAGCAGCCACAGCCAACGGGCCACCCCCUGGGUCCUCACUGGCUUGCACCAUUGGACUAAAAAGAUUCGGGGAUGCCGCCCAUGAGUCAGGGGAGAGGGUGCAGCCGGAGCUCACUGAGGCAGUGACCAGUGAUGGCCCAGCCUGCGAUGACGGAGGGGCUGGAGCUGGUGCAGGUGCGAGAGCCACAGGUUGGAGCCGGGGCACCUGGGGUCCAUUUCGAGCCGAGGCGGGGACGGAGGUCCAAAACAGCGACGCGGGGAGACACUGGUGCUGCUGGAGGGUCUCCCGCUCUGUGAACCGGCCGCUCAGUCCCCGUGUUGUCUGCAUAAGUCUCCUGGCUCAAGGCGGCAGAGGCGCGCUCAGAGGCGCUCGGAGGGGCCCCAGGAAACAAAUGUCCAUCAAGGCCCUCGGCUUGCCACUGAGGAAGCAGAGAAUCUGAGGACGGCUCCCAUCCUUCACCCGGCGAAGUGACAAGCCAGCCGCGGUGGUCCACACAGUCUACCCAGCGACAGGACGGAGUUAUAGACAGUAAGAAGGAAUCCACCCAGCUGCUUGGGUGGACUUCAAAAGCACUGUGCUCGGUGAAAGCAUCCAGACUCGAAAGGCCACGUACCAUAGAUUCCACUUCCGUUGACACUCUGGAAAAGGCAAAAGUGCAACAGAUCGGCGGUGGCCAAGCGCUGGGGGAGGAACUGACCACAAAAGGACAGAGAAAGGAAUCUGG